UUUUCUUCGGCUUAUAAACAGGGAAGUAGUAAAUUGUACCUGAAUAGUCAAGAAUUAUAUAACAAAUUUUGCCAAUGGUUUAUCGUAAUGUCAGUUAACUGGACAUUCGUUUAUAUGGUUCUGUCCACUUAUUUUGUGAUUACAUUGUCGCAAUGUUAUCUUAACGGGCGCUGUAUAUGUCACUGUGACUGUGAAAGUGGAUGUACUUCCUGCUACAAAGGUUGGAGCGGAUCCAAAGAUAAUGUAUGCCAAAGAAAAAACAUUGCAUAUAUACCACCAAAAGAGCAAAUAGAAUCCAAGGACCCAACAGUUGAAAAAACCCAGCACGCAUUUGACGAGAACAUAACUUCAUUUUACAAAACAGGGCACAACAGCACCCAACAGCUUUUAUUUAAGUUUCGAAACAUCAAGAGAAUAAAAUAUUUGCACAUCAUUUCAACGGCAGAUCUGUCAGCAUUUGUCCAUCUAUCAGCUUCGACUGAAAAUUCCACAUCUAGAAUACAAACGCAAACUGAGGUAUAUCUGAAGAGUUCAAUCGAAAGAAAUAUAACAUGGUGUGGAACAAUUCAGCCAACUAUGGAGACUUCUGACCAUUACCUUAAUUGCACUGAUGCAAUUAUCGGAAGCUUAAUUAACAUUUACUUCAAUGGAGGAUCGUUGCUGCUCAAUGAGAUAAAAGUGUAUGAGUGUAGUUUUGGUACAUACGGAUUUCAGUGUGAAAAUAUAUGCAGAAACUGCAUAAGCAAUCAAUGUGACGGUAUUACGGGAAUCUGCAUAUUAGGGUGUAGAAAUGGCUGGUGGGGCGAUCUGUGCGAUAUGGAAUGUGCAUCAGUUUGUGUUGAAAGCUGUGAUAGAAGCAAUGGUCAUUGUUCUAAGUGCAUUUCUGGAAAGUAUGGUCCAAACUGUUCAGAAUCCUGCAGCAGAAACUGUAAGCCAGCAGGCAUCUGUCUCCAGGAUGGGGAAUGUCAAAAUGGCUGUCUGGAAGGAUGGUCAGGGCCAAUGUGCUAUCAAAAAUGUUUCGACGGGAACUGUAACAAUUUAAACUAUACUUUAACCCCAGCAUUGUGUGAACAGUGUAAUGGCAGUAAAGGGGAAUGCCAGAGAUGCCGUUCAGACUAUUUGUUGUGUGCAGAUGACUUGGGGAACUGUUUGAAAUGUGAUAAUGGGUUUGGGAAUUGUACAGAAUGUAUUAAAGGGCGAUAUGGGGCUCAAUGCAAAAUGAAUUGCAGUGACCAUUGUAUUGGUAAAGACUGUGACUUUGAUGGACUAUGUACUUUAGGGUGUGAGGAGGGCUUUUCAGGAGGAACGUGUACAGAACUAAUCCAAACGAGCGUGAUUGAGUCAUUUAGAGCACCCUAUAUAAUUGCUGUAUCUGUUCUUGGUGUCUUAUGUACGAGUUUUGCAGUUCUGCUCAUUCGAUUCAAGAUGAAAGACAAAAGGUACAGAAUCAUAGGGCAUGGUGGAUUGAAGAAAGAAAGUGAAAUGCAGGUAACGUAUGAAUGUUCACGAGUCAUCCAUGAAGCUGACCAUGGAUACGAAACAGUUACAAACUCAUGUCAUACCCUGCAACUUGCUGACCAAGACAACGAAUGUGUCAGAGAACCAGAUUAUCAAACUAUUGAUUUUUGUACAGUUUGAUAUUUAUGUUUGAUCAGAUUAUAACUGCAAGCAUUAUAUUAUUUUAAUGG